UCAUCGCGUCGGUUCGCGUCGUGACGUCACUCAGACCCCUCCCCGCGUGACGUCAUCUCCCCCUCCGUGUGCUUGGCAGAUCAAGUGGAGCGCCAUGGGGCAGAGCCAGUCAGGAGCGCCCGGGUCCGGUGGUGGGAAGAAGGAUGACAAGGAGAAAAAGAAGAAGUAUGAGCCGCCAGUGCCAACGCGCGUUGGCAAAAAGAAGAAGAAGGUGAAGGGGCCAGAUGCUGCCAACAAACUUCCACAAGUAACUCCACACACCUACUGCCGCCUGAAGUUGCUGAAGUUGGAACGUAUCAAGGAUUACCUGCUCAUGGAGGAGGAGUUCAUCCGCAAUCAGGAACGUCUCAAACCCCAGGAGGAGAAGCAAGAGGAGGAGCGGUCAAAGGUGGACGACCUCCGUGGUUCACCCAUGUCUGUUGGCACACUGGAGGAAAUCAUUGACGACAACCAUGCCAUCGUGUCGACUUCUGUGGGCUCUGAGCACUACGUCUCCAUCCUUUCCUUUGUUGAUAAGGACCUGCUGGAGCCUGGAUGCUCUGUGCUGCUCAACCACAAGGUGCACGCUGUAGUUGGCGUGCUGAGCGAUGACACAGACCCACUGGUGACUGUCAUGAAGCUGGAGAAGGCACCACAGGAGUCGUAUGCUGACAUCGGAGGGCUCGAUGCACAGAUUCAGGAGAUCAAGGAGUCUGUGGAGUUGCCACUAACCCACCCGGAGUAUUACGAAGAGAUGGGCAUCAAACCUCCCAAGGGAGUCAUCCUGUAUGGCGCGCCUGGUACAGGCAAGACACUGCUGGCAAAAGCGGUGGCCAACCAGACAUCGGCGACAUUCCUGCGCGUUGUGGGCUCUGAGCUCAUCCAGAAAUACCUGGGCGAUGGACCCAAGCUGGUCCGUGAGCUGUUCCGUGUGGCCGAAGAGCACGCACCCUCUAUCGUCUUCAUCGAUGAGAUUGACGCCAUUGGCACCAAAAGGUAUGACUCCAACUCUGGCGGCGAGCGGGAAAUCCAGCGCACCAUGCUGGAGCUCCUCAACCAGCUUGACGGCUUCGACUCGCGCGGAGACGUCAAAGUCAUCAUGGCCACCAACCGCAUAGAGACGCUUGACCCUGCACUCAUUCGCCCAGGCCGUAUCGACCGUAAGAUUGAGUUUCCUCUGCCGGAUGAGAAGACAAAGCGCCGUAUCUUCUCAAUACACACGAGCCGCAUGACCUUGGCAGAUGACGUAACCUUGGAGGACCUCAUCAUGUCCAAAGAUGACCUCUCUGGAGCUGACAUCAAGGCCAUUUGUACUGAGGCUGGACUCAUGGCCCUGCGGGAGAGGCGUAUGAAGGUGACCAAUGAGGAUUUCAAGAAGUCGAAGGAGAAUGUGCUGUACCGCAAGCAGGAGGGCACCCCUGAGGGGCUGUAUCUGUGAUGUCAGCACAGCACAGCUGUCUUGUUUUUUCUUCGUUCACUCAUUUGGCAGAGGACAUUCAAAUGUAACAAUGUUUUGUAAUGAAUGCCAAGUAGCUAAAAGUUUGAAAUGUAAUAGUCUAGUGUUCAACAAAAUUUGAGGUGUGUUGUAUGCAAGACUGUAAGAAUAACAAUUUAGCAGUGCAUCCUGGCUUGAUAAAUUACAAUCCCUGAUGUACCGUACAUGCACAUGCCAGUGUUUUGUGUUUUUUGUUCAGCGCUGGCUGACAUUUCAUUCAAUGUCAAUAAAGAUGUAAAACUA